AUGGAUUCAGAUGACCUUGGAAUUUCCAAGAUCGCCGAUAAGCUUUUGAAUGAGAUUGAAGGAUCUCUGCGUUUGAUUCUUCGAGAAUCUGAUGAUUCGUUUGAUGAUGGUGAAGAGAUGAAAGAGUACAAUAAAUUUACAAAGAGUAUCGAGCAAUUUCAGCCUUUACCACAGCUUUUAGAUUCCAGAUUACGUAACUUCAUCAAUAGAGUGAUUCAAUCAUACACAAAUAACUGCCUCUACGAUGGACAUGACGAGAAUCAACAGCUAUCUAUUCGAAUUGCCAAAGUUUUCUAUCAGUUCUCUAAAGUGAGAGGCACCAAGCCGGUGUCCAACUGUCUUUCGAGUGAUAUUUCACUGAUAGGUUAUGUUUUAAGAAGAAUUGAAAGUGCAGAUGCUUGGGAGGAACACUUCUUUCUCUUGAUGUGGCUCUCUGUCCUCAUAUUAGCACCGUUUCCACUAGUGAAGCUUGAUCCUAUGCUACCUGAAAAUAUAUACCAAUUGGGGUUCCGGUAUUUAAGAACGGGAGGUAAAGAGAGAGAUGCGGCUUCCAUUUUGAUGGCUAGAUUCUUGUCACGUGUUGAUAAUUACAGAUACCUGGAUUGCUUCAUCUCUGAAUAUUUCAACAGUAUAAGUUGGAACCUGGAGUCAAAUGUGAUGAUCAAAAUGGGCAUGCUUUCCACUGUCAACCGACUUCUGAAGGUUACCACGUUGGAUCAGCUACGAAACCACCUAGAUAUGAUCUUUUUGUUGAUUUCAAAUCUAUUGAAUGAAGACCGUCGAGGUCUUCCUUCCUCCAUUCUAAGACUUUUUAUCAAGAUCCUUGGUAAGCUAUCACUUUUUUUCCUGAAACAGGAACGAUACGAUAGUAUUGAGGAUAUAUUGACGCAUUUAUUGCAUCUUUUGUCUCAUAAUGAUACUGUUAUCAGGUACUGUGUGGCCAAACAGAUAUCCAAAAUAGGACAGCAUUUAGAUCCUGAUUCAAGAAAUGUCAUUCUUGAAGCUCUAGUUCAAUUGUUGGGAAUUUCACAUCUCUCAAAGGGAUUUCAAGAUAAUCUCGAUAUCAAUUCCGAAACCAUCGAUAUACAGUCUUAUCAUGGUGUACUCCUAACCUUAGGAGAAUUCUGUAGGCUCAGGUUAAUGACUACGGAAUGGAUAUCCAUUACUAGUUCCGUUGUUCAUAGGACUCUAUUUGUGGAACAGCAUAGACUAACUUAUAGUGCUGGAUCAAAUGUUAGAGAUGCAUCAUGUUUUGAUUGCUGGUCUAUCUUCAAAAAGUACCAUGACUCAGAGUUACCCAUAAUAGCAGUUGUCACCCUAUUCAAAGACUUGAUGCUUUCUUCGUGCUUUGAUGGCGAUUUAAUGAUUAGAAGAGCUGCCUCUGCUACAUUACAAGAACUCAUAGGAAGACAUGGUGAUCGACUUUUCCUUCAACUAUCCAUUCCAACGGAUUCAAUUAGCCGAUAUAAAGUCAGAUUGAUUGAGAUUCUCGAUUACACUGUUCUUGGACAUACUCAGAAAUCGUACCAGUUACCAAUUCAGAUAUAUUCUGAGCUUGAUGAACUCUUGUAUUCUGAGUUCAUGAAAUAUCUACUCGAAAGUGGGAUCAAAAACUAUAACUACAGCCUUAGAAAGCUUUCUGCACAAUGUCUAAGGAGAAUGGCUCAAAUUUCCGACCGGUCUGAUGUGAACGUCAUAAUAGACGGUCUCAGAACCGAACUUCUGGAAACAUCAGCGGAAGGCUUGAUGUAUUCAAUAGCCGAACUAUUGACGUUGCUACCAUCUAAUUCAGUUGACCUAUCACUCUACUCUAGUAUACUAUCAAAUUUCACCUUUGAUUUUCAUCGAGAUGGAUUUCAUAAAGGGGAAGAGUAUUUGCAUCUCUUAAGAGGGCUUGUAAAGAGGUUUAGCCUUGAGCCUACGUUAUUUGAACUGGAAACGGUUUUCAACAUUAUACGUUGCGACCGGGAAGAGAUUAUAUCAGAAUUUGUUAGGUUAGCUAGCGUCCUCAACGAUAUACCUGAAAAGUAUGCCAAUAAAUGGCUUUACUAUGUUAGAAAUGGAAAUCUAGCGUCAGCAAAGGCACUUGGUUAUUCUUCCAUAAUGACGCUGAAGAAUUCCGAGGUUUUAGGACUCUUGCACAAGAAUCAACUUGAUGCUAAAUUGAGAAGCAGUCUAGUGGAUUCUAUUAGCAUCUUUUUACAGAGAGGCGGCAACCUAAAUGGUCAUCAGGAGGAAUUGAUAGACCAACUCGAUGACUAUACAGUGACAAAUAAAGGAGAUGUUGGAAGUUUUAUCAGGUUAUCUGCUAUAGAUAUGAUAUCUACUAACAGACGAUACUUUUGGGAUGAAAGCUCCAUAAAUUUACGCAUGCAGAUCGAAAAGAAGCUCCUUCGACUUGCCUGUGAGGUGAUGGAUAACGUAAAGCUUGCUGCAUUUUCCUUAUUAACAGAGCUCAAAGGAUGGAAACUUCAGCAGCAAAUAGACCAGUCGGUUCUUCUUCAUAACCCUGAGCAAUAUUUUAUUCUUCUUCUAAAGAUUUAUGACGCUAAUUACUUGCAAGAUGAAGAAUGCUCUACAGAAUUUUGGAAAGGAUUUAGCUUUUCUGGGGGAUCAUCACAAGCUGUCGAUUUGACAAUCAAUGCCGCUGUAUAUGCAUUUUUGAGAAGUUGGGAAGAGCUUGCAGACACUCAAAAAUGCUCUUUACUAGGAAUCAUUCUUUCGCUAUUAAGAGCCAGCAAGAUACACCAUAAAAAUCCGAGGUUCGUGAAAAUGCAGACUUCGUGCCUGAACUUUGUAUGCAACUUACUGGAAUUGAACCUUCAAGUUCCACCUGAAUUCGACUUGAAAGUUCUCUUUGUCCGUACAUAUAAUCUGACAUUAGGUACAUCAAAAAUAUCAAGAUUGAGCGUUGCCAUUAGAACUCUUACCAAUCUAUAUCUCAGAGACGAAAACACAUUCAAAGGCUGCAAAGGACGACUUGAAUGGCUCGGCGAGAAACAUCACUCUGAAAAAGUGAAAGCGAUGGCUCUUGAAGGACUCAAAGAGAUAGAAUUUGAGCAGAAUAAAUAG